AUGGUGUCUUAUCGUCUUCUUUCAGUUCUUUUUAUUCUAACAAUCGGAUUAAUCGGAGUCACAGGAGGUGAGAACUUGUCGUUGGCUUCAUUGAUUUCUAUUUCAGAAAAUCAAGAAGAAAUUCCUUGUGAAGAUGAGUCAACACCAUCUAACAACAAUGGAAAAGAAACGACAGUCACAACAACAACUACUGUUCCAAAGACUACAACCAUACGGCCGUGUGGAAAAAUGUUUGUAUACGGCGCAAACAGUACUAAUAUCUAUGAAUACGACAAUGCUUUUUUCGACUGUAAUCUUAAUAAUUUGGUUUUGGGCAGUUUGGAAACGGACAAGGAAAAAGCUGCAUAUAUUAAGUUGGUCGAAGAAACGGUUCUCUAUGACCUCACAGCGCUCUGGGUAGCAGCGAGUCUCAACACAACUGAUCAGAAAUACUAUUGGGACGAUGGGCAUGCAGUUGGACUUUUGGAUCCCCAACCGACAGUUGUUGACCCCAAUGGUCGUGUUGCUUGA